CCAGUUGCGCUCUGGGUAAGGAAGAAGCCACUUCCUUUAACCAGCGGCUGCAUAAAGUUGUGCGCUCCUGGAAAGUUGUCCUCCGGACUCCAAGCAGCUUUCUAGCGCAGUGUGCGGAUGCGUCAGGGCUGCCUCUAGGUAUGCCCAGGCAAGGAUAGGAAUCUUCGGAGCUCAGCUUCAUGUAAUUGAAUUAUAAUUCAGUGUUGGCGGUAGUUCUGCGAGGGAGAGUAUGCUGAGCAGGCUGCGUGUCCGAGGUGAGACUGCAAACCGCGACUUCUGAGGAACAUUACGCGCAGCGCAAAGCGGCAACUUCAUCUCCAUCAUGGGCUGCAGUAACAGGCUGAAGUUGGGAGUGAUAGGGGCGGCUGUCGUCAUCACGUUAAUAACAAUACUAGCAGUUUAUUACAGCAGACCGGGGGCCCCCAAAAGACCAUUCACUCUUCAGGAUUACUUUAAUGACACCAUCAGAAAGAAAUCCUACAAUUUGUACUGGCUAUCAGAUACGGAGUAUGUGCAUAAAGAAAGAGAUGGGAAUGUUUAUCUCUACAGUGCUGAAACCAAGAACAAGUCCCUGUAUUUGAGCAAUUCAACAUUUGCCAAAGUGGAUGCCACUGACUACUGGCUGUCAGGGGAUCAUAAAUACAUUGCCUUCGAAAGCAAUUACACUAAGAAAUUUAGACAUUCCUACUCUGCUUCAUAUUCCUUCUAUGACAUGGAGAAAUCAACAUUUGUAACACCAGUGAGCCUUCCACGUGUGUUGCAGUACUUUACCUUUGCACCAAAAGGGAACCAAUAUGCCUACGUCUCAGACUUCAACAUCUUUUUAAACUCUAAUGUGACUGCUCAGCCAGUACAACUGACACAUAACGGGAAAAAGAAUGAGAUUCUCAAUGGCAUCCCUGACUGGGUUUAUGAGGAGGAGGUCUUUGCUUCAAACGGGGCAAUAUGGUGGUCCUCAACGGGAAAAUUCUUGGCUUAUGCACAGUUUAAUGAUACAGAAGUUCAAAAAAUUGAGUUUUCUUGGUACGGAUCUGAGCAAUAUCCCCAAACUGUGGCCAUCCCAUACCCAAAGGCUGGAUCAAAUCUUACCAAGGUGAAACUGUAUAUUGUUGACACAGCAUAUCCCAGCCGCCAAUCACAUCUCGCUCCUCCUGCUUCCAUUGCUAGUGGUGAUCACAUUUUGUGCUCAGUGACCUGGGCAACAGAUGAACGUGUCGCUGUGCAGUGGCUCACAAGAAGGCAGAAUCAUGUGGUUGUUGCCGUCUAUGACUUCGAUGGAAGCAGCUGGACAGAAAAAGAGACAUUUGAGCAAAAAAGCACAACAGGCUGGAUUGGUCAUUAUAUGCCACUGCCUCUUUUCUUUGCUGAGGAUAAGCUCAGUUUCUACAAAAUAAUGAGUGACAAUCAGGGCUACAAACAUAUUCAUUACGUAAAAAAUGGUAAAGCUACACCCAUUACAUCUGGAAAAUGGGAAGUUAUUUAUAUAUCAAAGUUAACCAAGGAUGCCAUAUAUUUUGUAAGUAAUCAGCACCAAGAGAGCCCUAUCAAGAGAAAUCUGUACAAGAUUAUGCUUGGAAGCACCUCAUCAACCCCCCAGUGCCUCACCUGUGGCUUGCAUGGAGAAAGGUGUCAGUACAACUCAGCUUACUUAAGCGUUGACGCCUCCUUCUACCGAAUGGACUGCUAUGGACCUGGAUUGCCCCUUUAUACUCUUAUGGACAAUAGGGGCCCAACUGAAGGAAAAGAGAUAUCAAUUUUGGAAGACAAUCAGGAUCUGGACAACCUUCUGUCUGAAUUUCAAAUGCCAACAUGGAAUUAUGGCACCAUAAAGAUUGCAGGAUUAGAUCUGUGGUAUGAAAUGCUGUUGCCACCAAAUUUCCAGAAGUCCAAAAAAUAUCCACUUCUCAUCAAUGUGUAUGCUGGCCCUUGCAGUCAGAGCGUGAGCUAUGAAAACAAGCUAAACUGGGGCACAUACCUCUCCAGUUCGCAUGGAAUCAUCGUUGCCAGCAUUGACGGAAGGGGGAGCGGUUAUCAGGGCGACAAAAUACUGCAUGCAAUCUACCGGCGCCUUGGUACAUUUGAAGUGGAAGAUCAGAUAUCAGCUGUGAGACAAUUCAUUGACAUGGGUUUUAUCGACAAAGAUAGAAUUGCAAUAUGGGGCUGGUCAUAUGGUGGUUAUGUCGCUUCAAUGGCUUUGGGUGCGGGCACUGGACUCUUCAAGUGUGGGAUUGCAGUGGCCCCAGUAGCCAAGUGGGAAUAUUAUGAUGCAGUUUACACUGAGCGCUACAUGGGAAAGCCAUCAGAGAAUUCAGACUCUUACCAGAACUCCACAGUCACAUCAAGAGCAAAGAACUUCAAAAAUGUUGACUAUCUUCUUGUUCACGGCACAGCAGACGACAAUGUCCAUUUCCAGCAGGCUGCGCAGAUCUCCAAAGCCCUGGUGGAUGAGCAAGUAAAUUUUAAGGCAAUGUGGUACACUGACAAGGAUCACUCUCUCAGGGGACCAGCCUUUCAUCAUACAUAUACCCUCAUGAGCCAGUUUCUGCAGACAUGCCUUGUGAAGCCUGAGUAGAUGUGAAAACCCACACCUUCUUUAUAAAUUGUUUUUAUGCAGUUAUUUUCAAUGAAAUGUUGAGCAGUCAGGUCAAUUUUCCAUGUUUCAUUACUCAGAAAGUUCAAACUCACAAAGGAUCUUCGACUUUUAGGAAAAGCCAUUGCAUGCAUUUAAACUUGUUUUUAUAUGUGAAUGUGAUAACGUACGGCUGAUUAAUCACACUGCACUGAUUUUUGUGGGGUGGUGUCUUUACACUUGUGUAUUGCUAUGAUGAGGAUAUAAUAAACAUUGUAUUUAAAU